GGUACCAUAGGGAUCAGGAAAGGGGAGGGCUAGAGCGGACGAGCUUCCGGCAGCGCCCACGUUGGCACAGAAGACAAUGAGACCAUAGAGCGGAGGAGGCUCAGGUUGGGUUGGUAGAUUUCAUAGGCAGUCUGGAUUCUCCACCCCAGAAGAAGGCAUGGCGGAACGUGGGGCUCACCUCACCGCUGCCUCCGUCUAUGAGGACAGGCCAUCCAUCUUUGAGGUUGUGGCCCAGGACAGUUUGAUGUCUGCCGUGAGACCUGCUCUUCAGCAUGUGGCCAAGGUGCUGGCUGAAUCCAACCCUGGCCGUUACGGCUUCCUGUGGCGUUGGUUUGACGAAAUCUAUGCCCUCCUGGAUCUCCAGCUCCAACAGCAUUACCUCUCUACGUGCAGCGCCUCUUUCUCCGAGAACUUCUACGGCUUGAAGAGAGUGGUGCUGAGACGACGACGCGGCAGCGAGCUGCAAGGGGGGCCGGUCACCGCAGGGCUGUCGCGGAGGCGUCACUGGAAAUCUCUCUGCCUCCUGGUCCUCGUCCCUUACCUGAGGACCAAGCUGGAAAAGCUGAUCGCCCGCCUCCGAGAGGAAGACGACUACUCCAUCCACCCUCCCUCGUCAUCUUGGAAGCGGUUUUACAAGGCCUUCUUGGCCGCUUACCCCUUUGCGAACUUGGCAUGGGAGGGCUGGUUUCUGGCCCAGCAGCUCUCCUACAUCCUAGGGAAGGCCCGGCAUCAUUCCCCGCUGCUGAGGUUGGCCGGCGUGCAGCUGGUCAGGCUUACAACUGAAGAUGUGCGAGCCUUGGAGGAGAAGGCGUCUGCUGCCAUUAGAGGGUGUUCGCAGCCGGCCGGCAGCCUGAAGCAGCAGGCGCAGUCAGCCCUGCAGAAAUUCUUGGGGGCGCUGGCCUUUUCCCUCUCCACCGGCCUCUCCGUGGGGGUCUUCUUCCUCCAGUUCCUGGAAUGGUGGUACUCGUCCGAAAACCAGGAGUCCAUCAAGUCGCUGACUGCCCUGCCUACCCCCCCACCCCCCGUGCACCUGGACCAUGGGGCAGACUCCCCCCUCUUGCCCAGGCUCAAGAGCGUGUGCCCGCUGUGCCGCAAAGUCCGCACCAACGACACAGCCCUGGCCACCUCUGGGUUCGUCUUCUGUUACCGCUGCGCCUACGGCUACGUGAGGCAUCACCAGCGGUGCCCCAUCACAGGCUACGCCACAGAACUGCAGCACCUUGUCAAAUUGUACGCCCCUGAAAAGUGACAGGCACAUCCGGUGCCGCCCCCCAGACUCAGUGCACGGACGCUGUCUUGCCAGGGUGCUUUUUUGCUGUUGUACGCCCAUGAAAUUUAUCCGCUCUGGCGGCACACAGGCAUUCCGUCACUUCUUUUUCGCCCAGCGACCUCUUCAGGGCUUGGCUACGUGCUGUUGAGCAGGGGGUUGGACUUGAUGGCCUUAUAGGCCCCUUCCAACUCUGCUGUUCCAUACUCCCUAUUUGGAAAGCAGGCAGGCUCUGUUAAGAAUUCUCUUGUUACCUCGUUCAGCUUAUUUCCCGUAGAAGUUGGGGGUCAUCAGCUGAGGGAGGUAACUAGAGAGAAAAGCCUGCCGUACCUUCUUCCUUUCAGUAUGGCUUGAAGGCAAACCUCUGCUGCAGACUCUCAUAUAUGAGAAUCCACAAGGCUCUCAACAGCCAAUCCACUGCGGACUUGUGCCAGGACCCUCUUACUCUCACUCGCCUAAUUUCCCCCUGCUCUUCUGCUGCUGGGGAAAUUUCAGCAGAGGACUAAGUUAGGCAUGGCGUUGUGUGAAUACCUGGGGAUUUAUUUUGAGAAUGGCAGCUGUGGCAAAACCUGGACAGCAUUUUACCUCUUUCUGCCCCUGUCAGUCCUGAUAAAACCUAUCCGAAGCUGCUGUUUACAUUUCAAGGAAAGCUCUGACGGUUUCCCGUAAAAGGCAGACGGCAGCUUCCCAAAAGCAUUUUUUACUGGGAGUUAAACCAUCCCAUUGGUUCGGAGGCUGCUCUGGCUUCCUAUAGCUGCUGUUUCAUGGAGGAUACGGCUAUCAGUCGGUACUAGCCAUAAUGGCUAUGAUCUGCCUCCAUAAUUGGGAGGCGGCAUGCUCUGAAAUACCAGUUGCUGGAAACUGCAGGAGAGGAGAGCGCUCUGGUGCUUAGAUCCUGUUUGCAGGCUUCCUGUUGGGGCACCUGGUUGGCCACUGUGAGACCAGGAUGCUGGACUAGAUGGGCCACUGGCCUGAUCCAGCAGGCUCUUCUGAUGUUUUUCUUUAUGUAAAAAAUAUGCACGUUAAGAUUCAUCACUUCUAAUGUAGUUGUGAGAGCAACAAAUAUUUUUAUUAUUA